GUAUGGACCUAGUCCGACAGUUGGAUGCGCGUCUGCCUGAGAGUUUUGUCCCCGACUUUCGGCAACUUGCACCCAAGUUUGUCGAUCGAUACAAUCGGUUCAUGAGGACUGUUAAGGGGCCGGGAUUCACCCCUCCAGUCUUUGAGCAUCUAGAUCGGGCAGACAUGUCUGGCACAGGUUUGGCAGGUGUCGCUGAGCAGGACAUCAUUCCCAUGACUCAGCCUUCGCAGCAUAUCCCUGAUCAGCCAGCAUCUUCGUCCCGUCCCGACAAGAUGGCACUUGUUAGUCUGAGAAAGGGGAAAUGGAAGAUGAACAAGCCCCUUUCUUCUGCAAAGCAAGAUACAAUAGCUACUGAUUGGGGUUGGAGAGAUGGUGUGGUGAAGCUAGACGGGGGGGUGAAGAAUGCAUUAUACGAGUUGAAGCCCUUGAAUUUGUUGACACUGGCUCCGGGAUCUUGGAUUGAUGAUCGGAUCAUUUAUGCAUACAUGAUGUUGCUCCGUGAUAGGGAGGAGGUCGUUGCUUCGCUAUUUGAGAGGAAGCCAACGUACUUUUUUAUGGAUCCAUUCUUCAUUCCCUUGGCGAAGACGAAGAAUUGGAAGAACCCCGAGUCCUACGUGAGGUUGCAUAACUUCUACUGUGACUAUGGAAGUGGCGAAGUGGGGCCGACGAUCAACAAAGUUGAUUUCAUCUUCGUCCCGACUUGCGUAGAGGAGAAUCACUGGAUUCUAUUUGUCUUCUCCGUGAAGACAUGGGGCGUUGUCAUGUUGGAUCCUUUAUAUGAUGACCCAAGUUACCCGGAGGAGGAAGAAAUUGUGACGGAGAUGUUGCCCGAGUUGAUCAGAUUCUGCGAGAGGUCCCAACAUGUUUUUCCAGAUGGCCUGGCUCAGAUUAGUGCCUUGAUGAGAAGGCCAAAGCAAACCAACUACACUGACUGCAGUAUUUUUGUGAUGAAGUACAUGGACUACAUGUUGCAAGGAUUCCAUUUACAGUCGAUGACUUGGACGGCUUCCGAUGUUGAGACUUUCCGCUAUAGGAUUGCGAAGGAGAUUCAUAGGGGAAAAGCAAGAAUGAUCCCGGGGUUCCUAAUGAAGCAAAGGCUGGACAAUGCUUCUAGGGCUCAGUUGAAGUAGCUUUGUUUAUGUUCUUUUCAUUUGUAGGUAGGAUUUUGUAGUUGAACUUGUCUUCAUUUGGAUUUGUAGAACCUCGUUCAUUUAUCUAUAUAAUGCGGCCUUCGUUUAUAUCGGUUGUUUAACAACCGUGUCCUAUUCCCUUCCCCGAUAUUUAGUUUGA